AAUAUACGUGAGUUGUUAAAUUACAAACAUCGAAACAAGUAUUGUCAUGUCCAAAACUAACUUAGUGAGAUAUUUUGGUGAAAGCCAGCAUCAGAUUUUGAGCUAAGGAUAUAUAAAGGAAGUAUUUUCCAUAUCAAUUAUCCAUUUCUUUUGAUAUUUUGUGGUUGAGAUCAUAAGAAAAGGUAGAAGUGAAAGUAGUAAUAAUGGGGGUGAUUGAUCAUCUUUCUGAAAUGUUUGAUUGCUCAGGUGUACAUGCUCAUAGACACAAGAAACGCAAGCAGCUUCAGACAGUAGAAAUAAAGAUAAAGAUAGAUUGUGAAGGAUGCGAGAGAAAAGUAAGGAGAUCAGUGGAAGGAAUGGAAGGAGUAACACAGAUUGAAAUAGAACCCAAGCAACACAAGCUUACAGUAACAGGAUAUGUGGACCCCAAGAAGGUGUUGGCACGUGUCAAGCAUCGAACAGGGAAGAGGGCCGAGUUCUGGCCCUAUGUGCCGUACGAUGUGGUGGCGCACCCUUACGCACCUGGGGUGUACGACAGGAAAGCACCAGCUGGUUAUGUUAGAAAUGAUUAUAAUGAUCCUCGCGUUAAUCAGUUGGCUCGUAUGAGUUCAACUGAGGUUCGCUACACCACAGCAUUCAGUGAUGACAAUACUAAUGCAUGUUCUAUUAUGUAGUUAUUACUAAUACAUAUUAAUCAGUAUAAGUAUCCAAUUUUAUUUCGGUGAUUAUUAAAGUUUUUAUUUAGAAAGCUUUCAUAGUUUCUACCAUAUGCUUGUACUUCUAUCAAAUUAUUUUCCAAUAUUUGAUGUUUAAAGGAAAUGGUAAUUGGUAAUUAAGAGAUUAUGAUUUUUUCGUUUGUC